AUUAUGAGUAUCAUUGGAAAGGAAGAACGAAACUGAUUGAAGUUAAAUAAGUCUGCUACUGAGGACAAUAUUGGACCAGGAAGUUAUCCUAGCCCUUCCAUUAUUGGCCGGAAUAACAAAACUUUGAAAUUUUCAAACAAAUAGUGGCUCUAAAAUAAAUAAGAGAUUUGAUGAGGAGGAACCCUUGAAAGACAUUCGGAAAUUUGUCCAUAGAAAUAACAAUAAGGCAUAUGAAAUUGGAGAGUCCUCACAACAUGACUUUGUAGUUGGCUUCUCUGAGAUUGGGAGAAUAAAUGGCAAAACAAGGAUAACUCCUGAAAAAUGAAAUAGCAUACAAACUCCUAGACCUGAUAACUCAUUUAUUUCCAAAGUUGAAAGAUAUUCUUUUUGCAAGAAAGAGACAGAUUUUGUACCAGGACCUGGAUAUUAUAACCAGAAGUAAUCAAUGGAGCAGCAGAGACUCAAAUAAGCAUAAAAAAUCAAGUGUUCCUGACUUGAGAGUCAAGAAAGGAUACUCUUGUAAAUAUCCUGAAUCCCAUAUCAAAGAUAAUCUUGAUUCUGUUUUGCUACUCCCAGAUGCAUCAGGAUUGCUAACAUUUAAGACAAAUACGAGCACAGAAGUUUUAAAGAAUGAUAGUUUUGACUCUUCAUAUCAUAAUCUGGCUAAAUCUUUCCAAAAUAACAAGAAGCCAAAUUUCCACACAUCAAGCGUUGCCAAGAAUCUUCCUUCACUAAAAUAUACAUUGAAGGGCGAGGCAGAUGCUCUUCCCAAGAAAUAUUAUCCAGUGUUUGAGAACGAAUUCAUUAAAGCUAAAGCAGUGAGAAGAUCUUUACAGAAUUUGUUGCCAAUACAGAGUCCAAAGAAGAAAUCCACCCUGGAAGUUAUAAAGAAAGACCAAAGAGUAAAAUCUCUAGCUGAACGGAAAGAGCUGAAGGAUGCUCCAGGCCCUGGACAUUAUGAUAUCAAGUUUGAUGUCCAAGUCAGGAAGGCCAAGCCUGAACAGUUCCAGUUCUUUGGGUCUAAUUCUAAACGAUUCCCGUCGAUUAAGAGGAAUCAUGAGACCUCGAAUAUUAGCCCAGGAAUGUAUGACGAUGAAAUACAUGAAGAGAUGUAUUAUAAGCUUCAGAAGGACAAUUAAGAUCAAGAAGAAAGUCCCAUUUGGAGCAUCAGAAAAUAGAUUCUUUGGGUUAAAGUCUUUAUCUGUAGAUUACAGCCCUGGAAAUUUCACUGAUUUGACCAUUUCUAAAAAGUUCAAAACGAAUGAAGGUAAGAAGAAUAGCUUUGGAACUACACAGAGAAGGUUCCCUGAGAAGCUGAAAUGUAGUGAUAUAGGAGACAACCUUGGACCUGGUAGCUAUAAUUCAAAGUUUGACUCAAGCUUUAGAUAA